UUAACUUUUUUUAAUUAAGUGCCAACUUUUUUACAAGUGCCACAGUUUUGAUUUUAUUAUAAAAGAUGGCUGAACCAAAGAUUCGAAUUGUUGCUAAAAAAGUAACCCUUGGUGAAGGUCCGCAUUGGGAUGAAAAGAAACAAGCCCUUUAUUAUGUUGACAUAAAAGGGCACUGCUUUCAUAAAUAUACACCAUCAAAUGAAAAAGUAACAACUUGUAAUUUUCCUGAUGGAACUGUCUCCCUAGUUGUACCAUUGAAGGAUACUGAGAAUAAAUUUGUUGUAAGUCACAAUAGAAAAAUUGUGAUCGUUACAUGGGAUGGAGUUAGUAAUCAACCGUCUAAUAUUGAAGAAAUUUGUGAAGUUGAUACAGAGGAUGCAAUCCUAACAAAUCGUAUUAAUGAUGGAAAAUGUGAUCCUUAUGGACGUUUAUACGCUGGUACAAUGGGGCAUGAACCAAAAAUUGGACAAAUCGAGCAUGGUAUAGGAUCUUUAUAUCUAUUUGAUUUGAAAAAACGUAAUGCAAAAAAACUUUUGAGCAACAUAACUAUCGCAAAUGGUGCUGCUUGGGAUUUAAGUUUGAAUAAAAUGUAUUAUAUUGACACGCUAACUCACCAUGUUGAGCAAUUCGAUUAUGAUGCUCAAACCGGAAACAUUUCAAAUAGACAAGUGGUUUUCGAUUUUGAAGAACAUAAAAUUCCUGGUAACCUUCCUGAUGGUAUGACAAUUGAUACUGAAGGUUGUUUGUGGGUUUGUUGCUUUAAUGGUGGGCGUAUUCUUCGUAUUGAUCCAAGAACCGGAAAAUUAUUACGAACAAUUACAUUUGAUGCUCUUCAGACUACAUCGGCUGCGUUUGGGGGACCAAAUUUGGACAUAUUAUACGUAACAAGUGCAGCAUUAGAAGGCGAAAGUAAAAAUCCAAAAGCUGGAUGUGUAUUUGAAGUUACUGGUCUAGGUGUGAAAGGUUUUCCUGGAGAUAAAGCCGUUUUAUGAUUUAAAAAUGAUUAAUGUGGUUCUUGGAAUUACAUAAUGAUGGCUAAUUAAUGCUAAUGUAUUAUAAAUAUAU